AUGGUUGUCCUCGCGAAAGAAGACCUGCUCUCCGAGACCUUUGACGACCAACACGACGAGGACUUCAGGCUAUUCCUUAACAUCCCGGGCAGCGAUUCUCACGCGAUUUCCGACCACCUCUUGCCAAAUCUACUCUCGCUCCAGCCUGGGAAGCAUUGCGUAGAGGAGCUCCCAAACCUAUACCGACCCACACCGAUGAGCGCAACGGGAUUCCGGUUCAUCGGCUCUAGCCAUUGCGGACCCCUCUUUGAAAAGCCGGGUCGCGGAUUUGUCGUCAAAGUGGCGACAGAAGAGAGGCGGAAUCAGCUCUGGACCGAGUUCCUUCUCAACCUGGACGUUUCUUAUGCUUUGGGCAGGGAACAGAACAACGAGUGCUGUACCCCUGCAGCCCUUUCGUUCGUCUCGACCGACAACUCCACUUGGUGGAAUUCACACCGACAUCUGUUGCUAGAGUCUAGCUGGCCGAUACCCAUGCCUUCAACGGCUAUCAUCAGGGAGCGCAUUGUUCCCUUGCCCAAGGUGGUCCGAAAAGCCAUCAUCCGCAAACUCUGUCCGACAAUAGCCGAAGCAUGGAUAGCGCACGUCCACCUAUGGAAUCGUGACGGCCUCGCUCGCCUCUAUCUGGUCCAGCGGGAGCGUGACCUUGCGGCCACGGACUUCUCGCCCGAAAACCUCAACCUGUAUCUCGAUGACCUGGUCAAGUUGGGUAUCCCAGUCGCACCCUACGCCACGGCAAUGGCCAAGACUCUUGCCAUCCUCCACUGGGGGGCCAACAUUGAUGGCUGCGGUAUCCAAUUUGGCUUGGCAGGCGCGAGUGAUAUCACCUACAACAAGGCAGAUAUAUACGACGCCUUCGCUGGUCGGCAAGUCACGUUGACAUAUCCUUUCGACGUCGAAGGGGUGCUGAGGAGAAGACUCGACGUGUGCGUCACGCGGAUGUUUGUUAAUGACUUUGGCAAUUGCGAACGCUGGCUCGAUGAAGACGCCAAGAACAGGCCCCUCCGCGUGACCAGUAACAUGGUGCGAGCAUUCUUUGAGACUCGCCCCCAUUUCCCACGCCCUUUGGUAAAUACGGGUUCAGACCUGGAAAAGGGGCUGUGGGUAGUAUUCCAGGACGCCUACCUCGAAACAUCGGCCAAGGUUUCAGGCCAGAAGAGGCCCAUGGGUCCGGCAAAUCUCCCCAAAAUGUUCAUCGAUGGGGUAUUAACGAGAGGAUUGGGCAUUUGAUUUUGAUAGGUUCCGCCAGCGCAGAGGAGAAUCAGUUUACUUUGGACAUGGCUAAGCGCCUAUGUUUCGAAAUAGCCAAGUCAAGCGUUGCGUUCGAGACGGGAGCGAAUAGCGCUAUUCGGUAUUUUCUCUCUCAUCCCCCCUAACCUCCUGCCGCUUUCCGGCGUUUGUAUUGUAUUUUUAUUUUUAUCACGGACGGACUCGAA